CCUCGUCCCCCUCCCGUGCUAUAUAACGGGACCCACGCUGCAGUGUCACAUCGCGUAACCGUCGUGCCACCACCAGCAGAUUCAAAAUCCAAGUCGCCGGCCGGAGAGAGGAAGAGAGCGGGAAGGGGACCGGCGCGGAGGAAGAGCGGGCCGGGAGCCGGCAGUAGGUGCGAGAUGGAGGUGGUCGACGGGAGCUUCGUGAUCAAGGGGCUAGCCGACGCGGUGCUGCUGCCGGACCUCGGCUUGGUGCACGUCGACGCCGUGGUGGAGUCGGUGGAGAUUCGCCAGGCGCCGGCGCUGCUUCAGCUCAUCACGACGGCGACCGGGAAGUGGAACGUUGCCCGCGAUCAGAAGCUGCGCCACCUGGCUCGGGUGAGCUGUGAGGCGGACAUUCUCCUCGACGUCGUCCUUCCUCUCCUGAAGGCGGACCCUCGGAGCGCAGCCGGGGGGCGACUGCUCACCCGCUACGGGUGGUCUCUCCGCCGGCUGGGGCGGAAGGUCGACGGAGUCAAUGGCGCAUUCUUCGCCGUCGCCGUCGCCGACUCCAACUUUCUCCGCCGCCACGCAAGCCACCUGAACCGUGGAACCAAGGGGGUGAAGUGGCUGACGGAUAACAUCGCUGCAAUCGAGAAGCGGCUCGUUGAUCUGAAGGGUACUGUGGUGAACAUCCCCGCGGUGGCCAAGCAGGACGAGGACGAGGACGCGGGCGUGGACGACGAGAAGACCGACGGCGGCGACAGCGACGAAGCCGAUGGUGGUGGUGAAAGCGAGUAGAUCGGCCUGGCAACGCAUGCAACGGCGACGGAAAGUAGAUCGGCCUGGUAACACAAGACCCGUACCCGUGUCCUGUCGUGUUCGGAUGUUUGCCUUUCGUCUUCCGUCUUCCGUCUUCAUUCUGUUGAUAUCGAUAGGAGUACCACUCGUAGCAGUAGUAGUAUGCAGCAGUUAGAUGUCUCUGGAAUGGGAAUCGUCUCAUCAUCAGUAGUAGUAUAUAGUAGUUAUGAUCAAGUCCAGUCAAAAAUCACUAUGGAUAUGGUUACUGGAUGGAGGGAGGGGGGGAAUACUACAUAGAUUGGUGGGUGAAGGGGAGUACAGCCUCAAUAGUUUUCAUUUGUUCGGCUCGUCAGUCUUGUUCUGUUCUCAGGAAUACCAUAAAUCAAAUUGAAUCAAUCAUCAUUGAUGUGCUUUGUUAUU